CCCAGCACCACCACCAAUUUCAUCUGAAAAUUCUAUUCCUAUGCCUAUGGCUCAUACAAAGCCAUAGAUACUGUCACGACGCUGUUCUUGAUUAAACGAUGAGCAGGAACACAGUAUGGCUUUUGUCAACACACUUAAACAUUAGAAUUUAUAGGAAGAUAAAGAUACGAGUACAGUUCGCAAAAUGCAAAAUUGAUGCAGGAUGGAGAACGCGACGUAAGAAACAACAUGAGGUUCUUGAUGGGGAGCGUGGGAAUAGCUUUGACUAGAUUGGAUGUCUGUUCAAAAACAUGGUUGCUAAUGCUGCUUAAAACAACUAUUUAUGAACUCUAUGAAAUUGUUAAUCGUAUAGCUAUGAAAAAAGCAUUAUAUAGACGCAGAAAAAUUGCAUUACAAAAGUAAUCAUAACAGAAAAACAAUCUGUAGCUUUCCAAAUCCGUAAUAUAAGUAU